CUUAGUCAAUUGCAGUCAAAUGAAAUGUUAAAAACUUUGAGGAGAAGUGGUGUAAAGUUUAAGUCAAACAUGGAGAAAGCCCUGGAUGAAAAAAGUAAACUACUUUCCAACUUUUAUGUCACUGAAUUAUUAGACUUUCAAAAAAAUGACUAUGCUACAGUGAAGAGACACUUGGUAUAUAUUGAAGAUAUUACAACAUUUCUGGAUUUUGUAAUAAAAUAUCGAGGGCAGGUUCCACAAAACACAUUUGUAAAGGUUGGAAUAGAUUCAGGUGGAGGAUCACUGAAAGUUAUAGUAAAUCUGUUUGAUCCAACCAAGGACAGGACAGAAGAUAGCAGCUCCUUAGGAUCAUACUCAGGAGCAAAUACGUCACUUGUUUUAGCUUAUUGUAAAAGGGUAAGUGAGAAUCAUUCUAACAUGACAAUGAUUGUGGAAAGAUUAAAGUUGCAUGAAUGCAAGUACUUAUUGGCUUCUGACAUAAAGUUAAUCAACAUAUUGCUAGGAAUUUCGGCGUGUUUGUUUUAAAUAAUUUUAAGAUAA